AGCUCCAAUCACUACAACAUGGCCGCCCCCUUUGAGCGUAGUUAGCCAAACGAGCUCUUAGGUUCUCCUGAAUAUUGUGUCCAUAUUCACGACACAAUGUGGCCACAGUUUGGCCCCGUUUGUCGUACAAACACGUUAAUUUGUAGAACAACCUUGCUGGCCGGAGUUCUUUUCAAACGUCGCCAAGGAGCGGCUUUUCGCCGCUUGAGCAGCUGUAAAGCGCUGGUUUACAAGAACCAUGGAGACCCUUCCCAUGUCAUACAGUUAAAGAAUGUAGAUCUUCCUCCAGUGGGUCCAAAGGAUGUUCUGGUUAAAAUUCUGGCUGCUCCUAUCAACCCAUCUGACAUCAACAUGAUCCAAGGUACAUAUGCCAUCCUGCCGGAACUUCCAGCCAUUGGUGGCAAUGAGGGCUUGGCCCAAGUGGUGGAGGUGGGUGGAAAGGUCACAUCUGUCCAAGUAGGCGAUUGGGUCAUCCCGAGAGAUGCUGGUUUAGGAAUGUGGAGGACGGCAGCCGUGCUGGGUGAAGAUGACGUCAUUUCGGUGCCCAGUGACAUUCCAAUGUUAGCCGCCGCCACGCUUGGGGUUAACCCCUGCACUGCCUUCAGGAUGCUAGCUGAUUUUGAGCAACUCCAGCCAGGUGAUUCUGUGAUCCAGAACGCGGCCAACAGCGGAGUCGGGCAGGCGGUCAUUCAGAUUGCGGCGCCAAGGGGGAUAAACACCAUCAACGUCAUUCGGGACCGGCCGGAAUUCAGCCAGCUCAGCGAUAGGCUGAAGGCCCUCGGAGCAAGUCACGUGAUCAAGGAGGACGCACUACGGAAGCCUGAGAUGAAGGAACUCUUUAAGACAUGUCCGAAGCCCAAACUGGCUUUAAACGCAGUCGGAGGAAAAAGCGCCACCGAGCUGCUCCGUCACCUCCAGGUCGGAGGGUCCAUGGUGACCUACGGGGGGAUGUCCAAGCAGCCCGUCACGGUCCCUGUGAGCGCACUAAUAUUCAAGGACGUGAAAGUAUGCGGCUUCUGGGUGACGCAGUGGAAGAGACAACAGUCACACGAAGCAUUCCGAGCCAUGCUGGACGAGCUGUGCUCCCUCCUUCGCCAGGGAAAGCUUAGCGCACCCGCCUGCACGGAGGUGACGCUGAGCGACUACCGUCACGCUUUGGACGCCGCCAUGCGACCUUUCACCUCAGCCAAGCAGAUCCUGAUCACGUGAAGACUCGCUCAGCGCGGUGAUAAAUGUCAGGUUUAAAGUUCACUUUUUUUUAAUGAAUCGUGAGCUUCAAAACUUUAAAAAGACCUUAACGAGUCGUUAAAUCGACAUGAAUUGAUAAGAACUUAUUUUAUUAUAGGUUGUAACAUGAUACUGUCUUCUAAAAUUAUCAGUGUAAAGAAAUAGAGUGACAACUUUUUGUUUCUUGACUUUAUUAAACGGCAAACUGAAGGUAGUAUUGAUAAUAAUAUGGUUUAUCAUGGGUGAUAUACACUGUGAAGCCAAAGGUUAUUGUUUGUUUAGCUUUGAUUAUGUUUACAACAUGAUUAAAUCAUCAUCAAACCUGCUUGUUAUGUUAUUUAGAUAAGGCUGAAACUUCCAAG